GGGUCGGAAGCGACGGAGGACUACAGCUCCCAGAGAGCAUCGCGACUGCGCGUCCUCGGCGAUCGUGCUGUUAUAAAAGGAGGAGAGGCGGGGUUCAGCCGGCUGAUGAGAGUUCGUACGGGCGGCCGGUCGUCCCUUGCAAACCGCCAGCUGCCACCCUCCCUUCGACAUGUCGGAGAUAGAGCAGGAGCCCGAGCUGGGCGUACGGAGACGGAGCACCCAGGACGCGUUGAUGAUAGACUUUGGGAGGGAGAGUUCUGUAAGGGCUGAAGCAGCUCCUCUGACUCCCUGGGACAGGCAGAGUGAACCACAUCUGCAGACUGAACUGAUGGACUUUCCUUCACCACUUACACCAAAAUUGAAUGCAGCGACCUGUUCAAGUCUGACGCAAAAUCAUUCCUGCGAAGGAAUCACGUGUCCGGGCUGCUUGAUGACAAAGACCACACUGUUGGCAGAAAAUGAAGUGGAGGCCCAUAAAUUAGCCAACAACUACAAGUUCGGAUUUAAGAAAUGGAAAAGUCAUGUGACCGAGAGACCCUGGGAAGACCGUUCUGCAAUAGUGAAAGAACUCUAUUCUGAUCUCAACGUCAUCAAACAUCCGGGAUCUCUGGUGACCUGUGACAAUGUGUUGUAUGUGCUGCUGUUCGGCUGGUGGAUCUCCCUGCUCUACCUUCUUGUUGCUCUAGUUAUGUUUAUUUCCAUCGUGGGGAUUCCUUAUGGUAAAUUGUGCUGCUGUCUUGCUGGAUAUUAUUUCUGGCCAUUUGGGAAGAUAAUUCAAAAGCCAUUCGUGAAUCAGAGGAAAAGCAGUGUGCGAUUUAAUGGCGAGAGCACUCCUGAGGCAACUGCAGUGGAGACAACAUCACUGCUCGGUGCCGUGGAAAGGACUCCUUCAGAGGCUCCGACAGUGGGAACAAAAUACUGGCACCGUCCUAGCACCUACGUGUGGCUUCUCCUGGGGUAUCCACUGCUCACACUUGCCCAUGGCCUGGCUUCCUUCAUUGCCUGGAUUUUGGUUGUCACCAUCCCAAUAGCCAAGCUAAACGGCAGAGCCAUUACUGUCAUCUUGCUAAUACACCCCGAGCAGCUUCAGAUCAGAACUUCCAAGAGGACUGAUGUCUCACCGGAUGGAGAAGUGGUCCUUUGUUGUUACCGCGCUAUGAAUCUUUACUAUUACAAGUAUACCGUGAUUGGUAUGAAUGUGUUUGCUGUGAAUCUGCUUCCUUUAGUAGUAGUUGCUCUGGUUUUGGGGUAUGCUGACACAGAGAAUCACUAUGCCAGUUCACCGGUCAAGUUUGCUCUAUCGAUCCUGGCAAUAAUCCCCCUGUCCUACUACAUUGGGAUGGCCAUCGCCAGCAUCUCAGCACAAAGUAACUUUGCAGUAGGUGCAGUAGUGAACGCCACGUUUGGCUCCAUCACCGAGUUGACCUUCUACAUCACCGCUCUGAUCAAAGGCAGCCAUAAGGGGAACAAGUGCUACGAGGAGGUGGUGAAGAGCGCUCUGACUGGAACCUUGUUGGGAUGUGUCCUCUUUAUCCCGGGUAUCUCCAUGGUGAUCGGAGGUUGCAAGCACCAGGAGCAGAGGUUCAAUAGCCGGUCAGCUGGCAUCAGCUCAGCGUUGCUCUUCAUAUCCGUGGGAGGUGUGUUUGCACCAACUCUCUUCUCCAAAGCCUAUGGAAACCUAAUAUGUCAAGGCUGCACCAACUCAACACAGAAUGAAUCUGGCCCCUUUGAAUGUGAUGACUGUCACUUCAGUGUGCUACAGGACAAUGCCUUGUUUCACAGUCACGUCCAGCCUCUAAUCCACACUGUGUGUAUACUUCUCCCAGCAUCGUAUGUGAUUGGUCUCAUUUUUGCUCUAAAGACUCAUACCCACAUCUAUGAUAUUCAUAUCAGCGACUGUCAUGGGCACAGCCACAACGUGGUUAUUCACUGGUCACGAUGGAGGGCUGUCAUGCUGCUCAUUGUAGCCACUGUUUGCAUGUCUGCCUGUGCAGAGUUGGUAUCUGAGCACAUUGACCCCUUGUUGUCCAGCUCUGCAGUUUCACCGUACUUCCUUGGUGUAACUGUCUUAGCGAUGAUCCCUGAGCUUCCUGAAAUAGUUAAUGGGAUCCAAUUUGCAUUGCAGAACAACAUCAGCCUCAGCCUAGAAGUUGGAAGCUCCAUUGCUGUACAAGUGUGUAUGCUUCAAAUCCCAGUGCUGGUGCUCUUCUCAGUCAUUUAUCCUGUAGGUUUCAAUCUGCUCUUCAGUGAUCUCCAUCUCUGGGCAUCAAUAUUCAGUGUCAUUUUAAUGAACUACAUCUUCAUGGAUGGCAAGAGUGACUACUUCCAAGGCACAGCGCUGGUGGUAGUCUACCUUAUCAUCAUGGCCAUGUAUUACUUUGCUCCAUCUCGAAGCAUGUGCUGAGGAUGCUUCCAGCAAAUAGUUCGUCAUUUCGGACAGUUUGAUUGAAUAACUCUAUCGUUAUCAACAGCCAAGAAUUCUUCAGAAUUGUCAUUUUCUGCUACUGUCUAACAGUACUCAAAACAGCAUUGUUGAUGUAAGGAUUCCUGCAAGUACUGAAGUGACUGACAAACACAAUUUGCAGUCAAGCUGUGGUAUAUUCAUCUAAUUUGGAUCUUGGUAACAAUCUUCCUCUUCGGUUUGGAGGGGAGAAUUUGGGUAAACUACUUCUCAUUCUUUUAUGGGAGGUUCUGUUUUGCAAGCUCCCCAGUGAAACAAGUGUCCAGUGAAGUCUGAGAACUCUAAACUACCUUAGCUAGCAAUUCCUGGCCAUGAUUCCAUUGGCUGCUAUUUGAUCUAGAUGUAAUUUCCUGUUAUUUUUUGUGAGAUGUAAAUAUACAUACUAAUAACUUGAUUUAAAAACAAUGAGAAAAUUUGCAUUUCUUAAAUAACUUGCUCUACAAUUGAAGGACUAUAAGUAGCCAAAUGUAUUUAUAUAAGCAAACUUGUUUAUUUAAAAUAAAAUUUGUAUCUCUAUUAACAACUGAAGUUUAACACUUUAUUUACAGGAAACUAAGCUAAAAUCUUCUGGAAAGCCUAUUACAAUAAUUGUCACUAUUCCUGGGUUUAGACAAUGAGCCAGAGGAACAGAAUUACACAAUUCUGCGCCAACAUUUGAUCAUGGGUGAUGUAUUUCCCUUCAACUUGUUCUUCUGCCUUCUUCUCGUAACCUUUCAUGUCCUGACUUAUCAAAAACCUGUCAACCACACCUAGUGACUUGGUCUCCACAGUUGCCUGUGACAAUGAAUUCCAGAGUCACCACCUUCUGGCUAAAGAAAUUCCUGCUCAGCUCUGUUCUAAACAUUCCCUCUAUUCACUCUAUCUAGGCCUUUCACUAUUUAAUACGUUUCAAUGAGAUUGACCCUCAUUCUUCUGAAUCCCAGCCAGUACAGGCCUAGAUCUAUGAAACCCUCCUCAUAUGAUAAGCCUUUCAUUCGCAGAAUCAUUUUUGUGAAUCCCCUUUGAAACCUCUCUAAUGUCAACACAACUUUUUUUAGACAAGGGGCCCAAAAGUGCUCACAAUACUCCGUGAGGCCUUACCACUGCCUUAUACAGCCUCAGCAUUACACCUUUGCUUUUAUAUUCUUGUCCUCUCGAAACAAAUACUAACUUUGCACUUGCCUUCUUCACCUCUGACACAAAAUGCAAAUUAGGACCCAAGUCUCUUCACAUCUCAGAUUUUUGAAUUUUCUCCCCAUUUCAGAAAAUAGUCUAUGCUUUUAUUCCUUCUCCCAAAGUGCAUAACCAUACACUAUUCCAUCUCGGGAAACAAUUUUACAGCAGCUUGAUUAACAGACAUUUAAGCAUUCUGCCUAGAUUCACAAUAUCACCUCCCAAAUAUUUGAUGCACUCAAUGCUUUGCAACUCUGGGAUAGAGAGAUCACAUUUUGUGCAAUUGGAGGUGAUUUUCUCCAGUUAAUUGGCCAGGUACGGGUACUGAAUAAUGAAGUUGUACGUGGAGAUGAGAUGUGGAUGGGGUUUUGCUAGUUUUAAGUUAUUUUUACAUGAAGAUGGUAAUUCAACAUUUCCAAGCAGGUGUUGCGACUGAGAGAAUGUCUAACUGCAUGCAUUCAGAUUUGCAGCGUCCGAUAAUCCUAUGAUCUGUCUCGGAAGCAGGGUGAACCCUUGCAAGGCAGCAGGGCCCAAUGGGUACCUGUGUAAAUUUCAGCCAAAACUGGUUGAUUGUAGCUGGAGCAUUUACUUUAUCUAAAUAAAAAGGCCAAGCUGAUCCUACAGCGACAUGGCAUAACACUCAAUGUGGCUGCCUUUGAGCAUUCAGAAAGCAAUUAUUUUGUUGAAGUCAUAACAGCCUAUGAAGAGUGAUGUGCUGUAAUAAUGUAGAAAUUUCACUGUUCUUUGCAUUUAAAGUUUACCAUUAAAUCAUAAUUUUAAUAUGCAUAAGGCAUGGUAAUUACUGAUCACAGUCAGCAUAGGCAUUGUUGUCUUUAGAGUUGCUAAGGUAUAUUCAUAAACACUGCUUCACUAAAAAUCUAAGGAGUGAAAGAUCUGGUCCUCAAGAUUAGCCAUCUAAAUUGCCAAUGCCAGUUUAGUUUAUUUGCACUGCUUUAUGUUAUCCUAAAGACACAUUUAAAAUUGUACAGCAGUCUGCACCAUGUAAAUUAACCAAUUCAGCAUGAGGUAAUUCAAAACAGAACGAGAAACUUCUGGAACAGAGGUAGAACCCUUAAGUUCAAGACCUUAGACCAGACCAGGACAUUAACCUGAAGAUUCAAAAUAGAAGAUGAUUUAUAUCAUGAAGUGGAUCACAUCAGUGAAACAGGAUGGGAAAGUUAGCUUGUGAUUUAAAUUAUACAAGGAACAUCAAGUUUAAAUGAAAAAAAUACAAUUAGACAGCUAUUGAUACAGUGUAUAAUUCUACUAUUCAAGUCAAAUCAGUAACUGCCACUUUAUCUCUCCACCUCAGUCCCAGUGUGAUCCAAGUUUACUUUGCUUCAAGUGAAGACAGCAAUAAUUAACAAAAUUGCUCAAGUACUGAAAACACACUUGUACUCACAACUACAAGAACAGUUUGCUUUGAAGUUGUAAUGAUCAAUAAAAUUC